AUGUCCCAGCCCCCCUCCCCGCACCCCCCGCUGCUCCGGGCGUCGGCGGCGGUGUACUACGCCGUGGCGUCCUUCUCCGUCAUGUUUGUCAACAAGGCACUGUUCACAAGCCUGGGGUUUCAAUACCCCAUUGCUGUGGCCUUUCUGCAGAUGUCCUUCAUGGCCCCGAUCUGUUAUCUGGUGGCCAAACCAAACCUUAGCUGGAAGAUUGCCGCCGGCAUUGGACCUCUGGCCAUAGUGAAUGUGCUGAAUGUGGUUGCUGGCCUUAUAGGCACGGGGGGCCUGAAUGUCCCCAUGUUUAUAGUCUUGCGACGCUUCACAUUGCUGUUGACCUUGGGAUUCGAAAGGUGGCUCUACAAGAAGAAACACACCACUACAACACAAGUAACCGUGGCCAUUAUGAUGUCUGGAGCCUUGAUAGCCGCCACGACUGACCUUCACAUGAACAUCAAAGGGUACCUGGCAGUGUUCAUCAAUGACAUUUUCACCGCCCUCUACCUUGUACUCAUCAAGAACAUGAAGGCAGCAAAGGAGCUCUCUACCACAGGGCUCUUGUUCUACAAUAGCAGCCUGUGCUUGCCCCUCCUGGCAGUUGCUGUUGUGGUGUCUGGGGAACUGUCCACAUUGCGGGCAUAUCCACGGCUGGGAGACACAGUGUUCAAGGUUGUACUUGCUCUGAGCACGGGCCUGGGGCUGAGCGUCAACCAUUCCCAGUUCCUGUGCACGCGUUUGAAUGAACCCAUCAUGACCACCGUGGCCGGCCAAAUGAAGAACAUAGUGUCAACAAUUGUGGGCACAUUCGCUUUUGGUGACUUCACCUUUGACUUUGCAAACGCUGCUGGAGUGGUAGUGAGCAUGAUUGGUGCCGUUUGGUAUGCCUUCCACUCCGCACUGAUGUCUCAACAAAAACAAGAUGUGCUGCCCAAGGUCAGCCAGGAAACAAACGGGUAUAGGAAUGGAAAACUGAAGAACUACACAAGCCUGGUGAAUGGGAACGGCAAAUACGAGGCGAUCCCGUCCAAAUAG